GCAGCUGGCAGGAUGGGGGCUGCGGCCGUGUGUCCGUCGUCUGGUUAUGCUUCGGGGCUCACCGCAUUGGACUGAGAUCACUGGAGAGGAUCUAGGAGCCUUCAGAAGGACAGUGUGCAACAGACAGAGCUCUCCGCUACUGUAGAUGGGUCGCUGGAUAUGCUGCCUUUGUUCCAGAGUUGCAGAUUGGUUGAUUCUGCUCCUGGCUUUGGCUCGGAGCUCUAACCCUUCUGCAGCAGCAACAGCUUCGCCGUCUGCGCCCCACGUCAGACCCAGCUACAGCUUUGGCCGCACUUUCCUGGGACUUGAUAAAUGCAACGCCUGCAUUGGGACAUCCAUUUGCAAGAAGUUCUUUAAGGAAGAAAUAAGGUUUGACACCUGGCUUUCUUCUCAUUUAAAGCUGCCCCCCAGCUACCUGCUCAGCUACUUGGGCAACUACACCGAUGAUACCCAGAGCUGGAGGAUGGUUGACAUCACCCGCCUGACCACCAAGUACCAGCAUGACCGGGCUGAUCAGCGCAUCUGCACCUCCCUGCUGAAGACCAAAACGUGCAGCCUAGAGCAGGCCCUGCGCCGCACCCACCGCUUCCAGAAGUGGCUGAGGGCCAAGCGCCUCACGCCCGACCUGGUGCAGGGUCUGUCCAGCCCCAUGCUGCGCUGCCCAUCCCAGCGUCUCCUGGACCGGAUUGUGCGGCGCUACGCUGAAGUGCCAGAUGCUGGCAGCAUCUACAUGGAUCACCUCACCGAGCAGGACAAGCUGCGCCUCCUGUACACCCUGUCAGUGAAUUCACACCCUAUCCUCUUACAGAUCUUCCCUGACGUGGAAGGGUGGCCCUUUCCACGGUAUCUGGGUUCCUGUGGGCGGCUGGUGGUCAGCGCCAGCACCCGGCCCCUGAGCGACUUCUUCAGGGCAGGCCCCGAGGUAGCAGCUGACCUGGCCCUCCAGCUCCUCACCGUCCUCCGCUCCAUGGGCAACAACGACCUCAACUAUUUCUUCUACUUCACCCGUGUGGACGUUGGCACCUUUGGCGUGUUCAGCAAUGGGCAUCUGUUCAUCCGGGAUGCCAGCACGCUGGGCAUCAUCGACAAGGAGGAAGGGAGCCAACCGAUGGAUGGCCAACAGGAGUAUAAGGAUAUAUUUAGCUGUUUGACCGUGGACUGCCAGUCUGCAUUUGUGUCCUGUAACUCCAUCAGAGAGAAGCAGAGCCUUGUCUUGGUGUGUCAAGAGCUUUUACCUAAGCUCCUGAAGGGGAAAUUCCUGCCAUCUGUACAGGAGAAAAUAGACAGCUUCCUACAGCACUGUGUAGAGGGCCUCACUGAUGACCAGGAUGUCAAUGAGGCAAUGGCAAAGCUGGCACAUCUCCUGAAGCCUCUGCAGUCUUGCGAUUCACGUUUUGCCUACCGCUACCCGGACUGCAAAUACAGUGACAAAUACUGAUGGUUUUGAAGGAAGGCUGCCCAAGAAGAAUGAGGCAGGGUCAUCCCCAACCAGGGUAAGAAGAAGAAGGAACCAGAGUAGCUGAAUGGAGCUGCACCAAUUCCGGGGCUUCCUCGCAAAGAUGAAGGAGUUGGGAACAGAGUGCACACAGGAUUUAUUGUUCAUCUCCCAAAGAUGCAUUUGUUACUUGGGAUGUUAGAAGUGAUGUAAGGCUUAUGGAUUAUAAACAUUAUCAUGAGUGACAGAGACUACAGGAUUAAUAAAUCUUCUUCAUGUAUUUUGGCCUUGGAAGAGUUUUCCAUGCCAUCCAUUAAAUAGAAGAUCUCUGAAGGCAAUGUGCUCACAGCUAGCUAGAUAGCAGAAUUUUAUUGCUAAGAACAACUUCCUGAUCAAGAUGAUAUAUACAUAAUGUGAGAUGGAUGGAAGCAUUUAAGACUUUCUUUGUGGAGAUUUUUAAUGCUCUAAAAAUCACAGAUAAACUGAGCCACCUGAUGAGUCCCUUACCUUCAUCUAUCACAGAUCACUUUUAUAGACUAUUCAAAUUUUAUUAGUUUUAUGGCACACAGAACAGAAAAAUGCAAUCAACAGCAUUAAAAAGAUGAAAGAGACAAUGUCUCUUGAGGCCUAAUUUUUCUAAUCCUAAAAUAUACUUACUUUUAGUCUUUUCCAAGUUGAUGGGCAGUAAUUGGAGUCUAAUAAGUGUUCUUGUUUACAGGUUAAAAACAAACCAAAAUAACAACAAAAAACAACUCUUAGAUGUGGCUGUCCAGAAGACACUUUCAUACUUUUCUCUCUAAAGCAAACUGGAAGGAAGCAUUUAAACAAAAUCAUUCAAAUGGGAAAAUUACCUUAAGAAGAAAAACAACAUCGCCAGAGGUUCAGAUAUUAGUUUACCAUAAGCAGUAAAACCAUCUGAACGUCUAUUCCUAUUUCCUCAUCCAUUUGCCCUUUAAAGGAGAAAUUGGAAGUCAGUCCCAAAGGACUAACUCAGGUACCUACAAUUUGAGGUGGUGGACUUGUGUUUUCACACAGAAUUAGACAUAUGUGCCUUGUUUUCUGCAGAAAGGCUGCAAAAGUUGCAGAAUAGCAAAUCAUGGUUUGCCUAGAAUCAAAGAAUGCCUGAAGUUUGAAGAGACUUCUAGAGGUAAACAGGUCCAACCCCUGCUCCAGAAGGGACACCAAGAGUAGGGUGUCCAGAUAGCUUCUGAACAUCUCCAAGGAGGAGACUCCACAACCCUUCUGACAGCCUGUGCCUGUGCUCCAUCACCUGCACAGUGCUGGUGUUCUGAUGGAGCAUCCUGCGUUCCAGUUUGUGCCCACUGCCUUUUGUCAUGUCACUGGUAACCAUUUAAUGUAUGUUGAUCCCCAACCCAUGAGUUCCUUGUGAGGUAUCAGAGAAACACACUAAACUUUCCCUAUGCUCAAGGGGCUACUUCUCUUCUGGUAUUCAGGCAUGGAGGAGUCACCGACCAUAUUUGACUAAGCUGAGUCAGAAACUAAAUGUUCUGGAUCCCCCUGUAAGUAUUUUCAUCAUGGAAACUGUCUUCCUCUAGCCAUGGUUCAAAAAGGAAACCAGUAAAAAGCAUAAAACCAGAAAAAGA